AUGUUGUGUGAUAGUAGGUCAGGUGUGUUGAACACUCAUGAAGUUGGGCUCAAACGGAUUCGUCGAACCCACGUUGUUAUACCGCCGGUGCGAUGCGGUACUCGACAGCACUUAGCCGCUCUGCGCCUUGUCAACAGGGCCUUCUGUCGCAGCGCGUCCCCUUGGCUGUUCCGGCAUAUUAAUGCGAAGUCCAGUUCCUCUCCCGCGAUUCCGUCCCUAGAGCGGCUUAUGAAAUUAUCGAAAAGCCCGUAUGCUACAUAUGUUUAUCAAAUUGACUUUGGCUUUGAGAAAAGCCUCUCGUCUAACGCCGAUAUAUAUAUCGAAGACCUGAAAGAAUGUCAUCCGUCUCUUCUGGUCAAAUUCACCAAUCUCAAGGCCCUUGAGUUUCACGAACCGCCCUCAUCACUACCGCAAGCCCAGAAAACAGCCUACAUGAACACGGUUAUUUCCAUAUUACGUUACGUGCCGCUUCCAAACCUGACAGAGCUUGUGAUCAAAUUCCCUAUCACCUACGACUUUAGUCGUUUCUUUCCGAGCCGAAUCAAUUCUUUGCAGAUCCCCAUCGAAGAUGUUGUGAAACAUCUUCGACACCUCGGGCUAUCCGUUUGUGCAUUUACGGAUUCGGCGGACUCGAGAUAUCGGCAGACGUCAAUCGUGCCGGAAUAUGCUGCUCUUCCUAAUAACAUAUAUGCUCCCCAUUUAUUCAGAAUGGUCGAAAGUGCGUCAAAUCUCGAAUCGCUCAUAUUGUCUAGUGUCAAUAUUCUAGACAUUGACAUUAUCGCCUUUCCAUCUUCCCUUUGUCUGCAGUCCCUCUAUCUAGGAGGGGUUUCCAUUUCAUCGCGCAAUCUCCUUGCACUCAUCAACCAGUCUGCGCAUAAAAUUAAGUACGUCAAUUUCUGUCUGCUCAAAUUACAGUCUGGGACAUGGCAAGAGGUGCUUUUGCAAAUGUGCGAGUUACCACAUCUUCUCGAUAUCAACAUUGAUUGCAGUGGAUACUCGUUAACGGGGUCGAGUUCUCAUCUGGCCGACAGGCUACCUCCAAUUCCAGGGUACUGUCCAAAUAUUGAAACUAUGCAUGAUCUUGAUUUGAAUGCACUUGGUAAUCUGCAGUGGCGAGUCAAUUCGAAUAGGAUCUCCAUAGGACUUCAGCCUUUCUCCGAUACAGAUUAUCGACAUAUUAAUGAGCCAUCAGUGGGGUUCGGGGGUGAUCGUUUGUAA